CUAUCUUUAGAGUAUCUCAUGAUAAAUUUUCUAUAUUCCUUUUCAAGAUCAUCUCAUUUAACAUAUGAUAGAGAAUGAUUUGGUAUUUAGAGUUGUUUAGUAUUCCAAACAAGGUACACAUAGACACAGCUAUAAUCAUCAAGUAUCAUGUUAAAUGCCAUAUGGAAUGUUACAAAGGAUCAUUGUUCCUGCCUUCAAAGAAUUGUCACAGUCUACCUUUUGGCGUUUUUCCCCCCAAACCUAAAGUGUAAUUUACGAUUAAUUGGAGCUCUGUGGUAAAAAGGAGACGACUUAGUGAGACUGUCCAUGAGCGGUAUCCUUCCAGGCAGUGCUGAGGUGUGCCUUGCUCAGAUACUUGUCUUCGGUAUCACCCUUGGUGCUAGAAUUCAAACUGGGUCAUUGUUGAGAGAGGCCAAAUUGAGUUGCUAGUGUAGACAUUGCUGGGUGGCUACCUUUGGCCUCUCUUUAGGAGCCGGGUACAGCAGGGCAUCUGUCAACAGAUGGUCUCACAGAGGUUCCAAGUCACUGCACGCAUCCAGCCUGUAUUGUGGGUUCCAGGCGCAGAUUUGGGCAUUGAGUGGGGACCUCAUUACAAUCCACAACACAAAUCUUGAUUAUUGAACCUCACCUACAAAAUCCAACCAAGAUCACAGCAACCUGGGACCUGCUUGGCUCGUGGUGAGGCUGGAGCAAGCCUGCAGAUGGGAUGAAAUGUCAGGAGCUGUGAAGCCUGGAAGAUUACAAGGGCAGGGAGCCAGAUUAAUCUCUGGGUUUUUGUGUUUUGGCAGAUUGUAUCACAAAUGUUUCCUGCUUUGGGUACAGUUGCUACUAAUAGUGGAAGUUUACCUUUGCAGAGUGUUUUCAACUUUUAUCAAACACUUUCACAAGCCUGUAAUCGUGCUUUCACAAUAUGUGGGAAAGGGAUGAGAGCUGGAUAUAAUUACCCCCUUUGGCAGAUGAGGAAAAUGGGGCACAUAGAUAUGAAGUAACUAACCUUAAGGUCACUUGUUCCUGGCUCUUGCUUUUUUCACUAUACCUUGCUGCCAAUCCUUGACUCCCUAUUUAUUUCCAAAUUUAGAAAGCAUAUAGUCUGUUUUGCAGCAGCUGCUGCUAUCUUUAGGGACUACCAACAUUUUGUUGCCCAUUUUUUUUACCUCCUAAAAUCACAACCAUAACUUUUGCUCGGUAUUGAAGAGAAAAAUAAGCAAACACAAAACACUCUUCCAUCAUGAUUUACCAGGUUAAAUUACUCUCCUCUGUUACAUUCUGUGGAUAAUUUUUGUAAGUGAUGUACAUCUCUUCAGUCCACCCUACUGUAUUUAAUCCUCACUUAACCUCAUUGCUAUAGCUGUUUAGGUGUCUUGUAGUAAACCAAAUACAAGCCCAGACAAGGAAUCCAGAGUUAGAGCAAGUUAAACAAGAGUUGUCAGCAUCAUUAGUUGUUGACAUAGAAUUUGUUGGUGUUAACCAUGAAUGGCAGGUUUUCUAACUUUCAUUUGACCUGGGGAUCCUCUUCUGUUUAUGAGCAGCUUCCUCGGGGCUGCUAUGCUUUUAUGUUCCUCCCUGUUACAGUUUCUCUCCAUUUCUUGCCACAAAGUGUCCUUCCAGCUUUCCUCCUGCAGGGUGUGGAGUAUCUAUGUUUGUGGUUUUCAUUUCUAAAUUUUGCACAUAUAUUUUCCUUUUAAAGUAGAUUAGAAAUAUGUAGAUAAAGCAUUAUGUAAGGAUGUGGAGUAAUUACUGUGGAUGAAAAUUAGAGUGAGUGGAACAGAUAAAAUUAGUCAAGCAGUCAGGAAAUCUGCAUUCUUGUCCAGACGUUGCCCCACUACUUAACUAUGGACUUAUCACAAAUCCCUUAAUCUUCUAGACACCUAGUUACCUUAUCUGUGGGCCCAAGUUGCUUUAAAUGAUUUCUAGAGUCCCUUUCAGUUCCAAAGCUCAUUCAGCUCCUCAAACUGAAUAAACAAGAUUCUACUAAAUAAAGGUAGGAUGUCUGGCACACCUUCCAGUGGUGAAGAGGAUGGUCUAAAUGAGUUUGGAUUCUCUUGAUAAUUUUGUUACUAUUGGGAAUUGAAUGAAAAGAGGUAAAGGUGGUUGAACUUUCUGACAAUUAUAAAGAUCUUCUGAAACUCAGUAUUAUUAGCUGACCUUUUAAGCUUGGUUCCUAAACUUGCUCACAAUCGCAUGCCUGACACCUAAUACACUGUAUGAUCAGCAUGGUUUAUUUUGGGAAAACUUUCACAAAAGAUUGAUGGGCUUCUUGACCUAUUUACUUCAUUAGGGCAGAUUAACUGUGUGUCAUAGCAGCUUUAAAAUUCAAGAGAUGUAGGACCAAGUAACGGCAAUACUAGUUGGAAAAAAAUUUUAGAGAUGAAAUUUGACAAUAGACAUUGGGCUGGUACCCUUUAUUAUUCUUCAGCCCAGUGGGUGAUGUUUCUGGGCUAUAGAUUCAACAGAUGGGUUUUAACUAUUUAUAUUUAAUUUCAAGAGGAGGAAAGGAGCCAUAAUUUGUGUUCAAUGAAAUAGACAUAGAAAUGAAAGCAGAGAAUAGAGUGAUACAAAUAUUUUGUAUAUUCAAAUUGAUCUUAGAUUUUCAUAGUCUUUUUAUUGUGUUCCGAGUCAUGAAUUACUCUGAAAGAUGGAUGACAGCUAUGGCUUCUCUUUCCAGAAAAAUAAAUGCAAACUCCCAAUUUUGCCUGCAAUUUGAGGGAUUUCAUGGGCUCCAAUGGGUCAAUGUAAACUUGCCUUCUUCCUCAUUUGGUGGCUUCUGGUCCAAAUUCUUGAUGGAAAAGAACCCUGGAAUGUUAAACCUUAAAAGCCCUUAGAAAUAAUCAAUACCAGUGUUACUUAAACUGUAGUCAUGAAAUCAAUGGAAUGAAUCAAGACCAGCAUUAAAAAGAAAAGAAAAAAAGAAUAAAAUAGAAAAUGUCAGAGUGUAUCAUAACAUGCUAAGAGUAAGUUUUGUUUUGUGAACUCUUUCCGUUUGUAUAUGUGUGUGUGUUUAUGUGUGUUGGUCCUGAGUCCGAAUAUAAAAUGCAUUUCUUACCGUAGAUUGAUGGUAAUGUUUGAGAAACACCCAUCUAUUCUAGAUGAACCUCUUCAUUUUGUAGCUGAGGAAACUGAGGCCCUUAAAGGCUAAAUGAUUUCUUCAGACGAACACUGUUUCCCAUCCUCCUGCACACAACCCCAUUAAUUUUUAGUGGCCAAGCCGGAACUGAACCAGAUUACUUGAUUGCUAAUUUUGCUGUGCCACAGUGCUAUUUUUUUUAAAUAGAAUUGUGAAGUAGAUUAUUUAAAAAUACUAAGUGGUUCAUCUGUUUUACAUUUGGCAUUUUUUAAUCCUUUAUUUUCCUCACUAAAAUCGUCUCUCUUAUUAUCUUUUAAGAUAAUCUAGGCUUGAGCUUCUUCUUUCUAGAGAGUUGAGAUAUUUUGAGGCCUCUCACUUGGCUGUCUACACGCCUGAAUUUUGAGAUUUAGGGCCUGAUCAGAAGAAUUUCAGAAUAAGAUGUGAAGGUGUUAAGUUUUAUGUCCAAGCCAAAUUAAAUUAUUUUGAAUUAUUUGUCCAUUCACUUGAUAAUUGAAUGCAAAAUGUGGCACCACAUGUUGGUACUGGAUCACUGGGGAAACGCUGUAACAUUCGUUAGUUAUCUACACGAGGUUCUCUCAAACCUGAAUGUCAUACAGAUUACCUGGAGGGUCUUGUUAAAAUGCAGAUUCUGGCCCACAGUCUGGCUGAGAUUCUGAGUUUCUAACAGGCUCCCAGGAGAUGCUGCUGCUGCUCCUUGGACCACAUUCUGAGUGGCAAGGACCUUAUGUCACCUGCCCAUUACCAUGGUAAGGAAGAUCUCAGUUGUCAUUUUAACAUUUCCAUACUUUUCAGAUGGCUGCAAAAAUUCAAAUAUUCUUAUUUUUUAAAAAUUGGAUUAGUUUUUGUAGUUACUAACAUAACUUUAGAACAGCCAUGCUUUCAGUCCCUACAUCUGUGAGUUGUAAUGCCCCCACUGCAGCACUGUUCUAGGUAACUCAGACUUAGCCCUGCUUCAUUUUACUAGUAUAUUCAGGCUUUUCCACAAAACUUAAUUUUCCAAUUAACAGAAACGUUUAAUUUCGGAAGGAACGUUUUCUAAAAUAUAUAAUAUUCUUUCUUCAGCUAUUACAUGUGUUUUCCUUUUCUUUUUAUUUUAGUGGUGUUAGAGCACUGUUUGUUUCAGGCUUUCUUGGUAAAGGAUAUUGAGCUGUAUGUGAAAUGAAUAAAAACCACAAAGCCUCCUAAGGUCUUGUGCCUGCUUUUUUAUGCUUUUUCUAUUUUGUCUGUCCAUCUGCCAGUUAUGAGGAUGUCUGUCUCAAAUUAACUCGUAUCCCUUUCCAUUCUAGUUGAUUAUUCUCUCACCUGAAAAGCUGAAAAGCCGGCUACGGAUGGGCUUCAUCCCAGUCAGAAGGACCUCCCUGUCCUGGGGGCUUUCCUAGGAAGGUGGUGGUCAGCAAGUUCAGUAGAAGUUGGGAGGGAGAGAAAGCUUUUGGUUUUAACCAUAUCCUGAAUAGUUAGCUCAUAUAGGAACUCAUUUGUUUCUUCUUCAUGCCUUUCUCCACGUGCUUUUUAAAACUAGUUUCGAGAUCUCUCUCUUUCCAGCAUUGUGUUAGUGUGUUUGAAGGCGAUUUGGAAGUAUGUGUAUGUAUGUGUGUGGUAGCCCUGUGAUUGGGAACGUGAUAAUUGUGACAAAUAAGCAGCACUUCAGGGUCCAUCUAAAAUGGGUGUGAAUAACCUUGUGCUAAAGAUCACGGUUCUCUUACACACAGUCUGUCUUGCUUUGCUUUGCAAACAGUUUUAACAAUAAUAAUGAUGACAAGAGGAUAUUCCUUGGUUCAGUUUAGUGAUUUAGGAUCCCAGGGAUUUAAAGCCUGAUUUCUGGUGUGUUGUGUUUAGUAGAUUCUGAGUUAUAAUAGCAAUCGAAGCUCCCGUUUGUGGGGCCCUCACUCAGCCAGGCAUUCAUCAUUCAGAUGAAUGUUGUGCCACCAGCAGGGCUGUGGUCAGGAAGGGGGCAUUAGAUUGGGGGGCGGGCAGCACAUGGCUGCUGCGUUCCAGCAAGUGAGAGGAAUCCAGAUAUUGGGGGAGAUUGAGCCUCUUCAUUAGUCUCUCUCUAGAAUAGAUAAGCAUGUGCGGAACCUACAGCAGGUGUUUUUGUUUUUUCUUAGCUCAACAAAGCUAGAAAUUGUUAGAUAAUUCACAUCUAUGAAAACCGCAUAGUACUUUAUAUCCUUCUGAUUCAAAGCGGAGAGAACAUGUUUGCAUUUUAACUAGGCAGCGUCAGAACAUUUAUCAUUUUGAAUAGCCUUAUUGUUGGUUUUGUGUUAGAAGUUGUGGAUUAUAUUCUUUAAUUUAAAAUUAUGACAAGGGUAAAUGUAGCCAUAACAUUUAGGUUGGAUUUUGAGAUCCUGAACAGGGCCUCAUCUGGCAUAUUUUUAGUCAGUUACAACCUUUAAACACUGAUUACUGAUAUUACCGACGCUGGUGUUUUCUCAUUUGAAUCUUAUUUUUACAUCUAGAGUUUGUCUUAUGUUUAGGUGCAGCUAAGCCUACUAGUGUAAUCUUAGUCUAAUUAACAGUAUUUUGUGAUCUGGGACUCUUGUCAAAGAUCGUUAUAGGAGCUAGAAAACAUUGGGAGGCAAAGUGCACACAUGACUUCUCUCCUUUUGCUGGAGACUGUAACUUGAAUUCAAAGAGACUGAAAAAGAAGAAAAAUAGCAUUCUUUUCCAUUAAGCUGUAGUACAUAUGUUUAGUAUGGUUUUGCUAUUAAUAAUCCCUUUUAGCUGGUAGAAUGGAAGAUUUUGUUUGAUGUAUUUGAAACUAAAUGCUGCCGGGAUAAAGAUUUUAGUAGAAAUAUAGACUAGAAAUCAGUCUCUACCCUUUGUUAAUUCAUCCUGCUUGUUUAACUGGAGAAAUAAAAAUGUACAUCUACUGAAGAGAAAUCUCUGGGCGUAAACUCUUCCUUUCCUGUUUUCAAAUAUAUUUCAUAGGUUUAUCUUACGUAAAUAUACAGUAAUACAGUACACAAGAGAAAGCAACUGCUGUUCCUUUAAUAUCAGAACUAUGCACGUUACAAUAGGUGUCACUGUUUUGCUUGGUCCAAUCAUGAUUGGUGACUUCAGCUAUUGGCUCCGAGCACUGGCUGUCUGACUCCAUCUGCAGGGCUGUAAUACCUACUCUCCUCCGAUCCGUUCACCACACAACUUCGGCCGGCUGAACAGACUCGCGCGGCUCCAGCACAUCUUGCUAACCUAAUUCAGAAAACAAGUGCCACGGCUCUCUGCCUGUCAUCUUUGCUCAGUGUAGCAUUUUCAGGUGAUCUAGGAAACUGGGUUAUUUUUAUGAGCAAAUAAGAGAAACAGGAAUCAUGAUGGGGAUGUAUUUAACAGACCCAGUACUGGAUAAAACUUAAAGCCAGUUUCUAUUCAACAUAGUGAAAAGGUCACCUUGCCCAGCUGAGAAAAGAAGCAAAAUAUCAGCGUGUUGGUUUCUGUUAACAUCUUAGCUCGUGCUGGCCUCUUUUCCUUGAUGUUUGCACCAAUUUGGGAUAUCUGGCUAUAAAGAGAGACACACUGUACUCAUGGUAGAUGACAAGGAAAAGAACAUGAAAUGUCUCACCUUCUUCUUGAUGCUUCCAGAGACGGUAAAGAACAGGUCCAAGAAAAGCUCGAAGAAAACAAAUACCAGCAGCAGCAGCAGCAACAGCAGCAAGUUGCCUCCAGUUUGUUAUGAAAUCAUUACCUUGAAGACUAAAAAGAAGAAGAAGAUGGCUGCUGAUAUAUUCCCCCGUAAAAAGCCAGCCCCCUCCAGCAGCACCACUGCCCAGCAGUACCACCAGCAGAAUCUCAGCAACAAUAACCUUAUUCCGGCCCCCAAUUGGCAGGGCCUUUAUCCCACCAUCAGAGAAAGAAAUGCGGUGAUGUUCAAUAAUGAUUUGAUGGCAGAUGUACAUUUUGUGGUUGGGCCACCAGGUGGGACUCAGCGGUUGCCAGGACACAAAUAUGUUUUAGCUGUUGGGAGCUCUGUGUUCCAUGCAAUGUUUUAUGGAGAACUUGCUGAGGACAAAGAUGAAAUCCGUAUACCAGAUGUUGAACCUGCUGCUUUUCUUGCUAUGUUGAAAUAUAUCUAUUGUGAUGAAAUUGAUUUGGCUGCUGACACAGUGCUGGCUACUCUUUAUGCUGCCAAAAAGUACAUUGUCCCUCAUCUUGCCAGAGCCUGCGUUAAUUUUCUGGAGACCAGCCUGAGCGCCAAGAACGCCUGCGUGCUCCUCUCCCAGAGCUGCCUGUUUGAGGAGCCAGACCUGACCCAACGUUGCUGGGAGGUCAUUGACGCCCAGGCUGAGUUAGCUCUCAAGUCUGAGGGAUUCUGUGAUAUUGACUUCCAGACACUAGAAAGUAUCCUUCGCAGGGAAACUCUGAAUGCCAAAGAAAUUGUGGUUUUUGAGGCAGCUCUCAACUGGGCUGAAGUAGAAUGCCAGCGACAAGAUCUAGCUUUGAGCAUUGAAAAUAAGCGCAAGGUCCUUGGAAAGGCACUUUACUUGAUCCGCAUACCCACAAUGGCCCUGGAUGAUUUUGCAAAUGGUGCUGCACAGUCCGGAGUUUUAACUCUCAAUGAGACCAACGACAUCUUCCUCUGGUACACUGCAGCCAAGAAGCCCGAGUUGCAGUUUGUGAGUAAAGCCCGCAAGGGCCUUGUCCCCCAGCGCUGUCACCGUUUCCAGUCGUGUGCCUAUCGGAGCAACCAGUGGCGCUAUCGGGGCCGCUGUGACAGCAUCCAGUUUGCAGUUGAUAAGAGAGUGUUCAUCGCUGGCUUUGGGCUCUAUGGGUCCAGCUGUGGCUCUGCGGAGUACAGCGCCAAGAUUGAACUCAAGCGGCAGGGCGUUGUCCUAGGGCAGAACUUGAGCAAGUACUUCUCAGACGGCUCCAGUAAUACCUUCCCUGUGUGGUUUGAGUACCCAGUGCAGAUUGAGCCAGACACCUUCUACACAGCCAGCGUGAUACUGGACGGCAACGAACUCAGCUACUUCGGACAAGAAGGCAUGACGGAAGUUCAGUGUGGGAAAGUGACAGUCCAGUUUCAGUGCUCAUCGGAUAGCACCAAUGGCACUGGGGUACAGGGAGGGCAGAUCCCUGAACUUAUAUUCUAUGCUUGAACACUCCCCGAAGCAGUGUGAGCCCUGAGGAGCACAUCUGGUUCCUCCUUGCUUGAUGCUUAGCUCGUCCGCAGAUACGUGAUAAGCGCAGGGAAUUUGUGAUGAAUGAAGCUGUAGGCAGUUUCUUAUUUUUUUCAGCCUUUUAAUUAUGUACAGGCAAAAGUGCAGCAUUCAGCUUUUAACUAGAUGCUUAAAAGAGCCAAGUUCUUACUAAGACUCUGUGGGGUUUAGAGUGUGUCUGUAUGCCUGGGGAGAUUUUGUGCUCUUUUCUAACUGCCCCAUUGACCUCUCAGUUUUGUCCCCCUAAAGAAAAUUUUUGGAUCACCUUGAAUUUCCUUUUGGGCUUCAUUUUGACAAAUAGAAAUAAAUAGUCUAAAAUAAUAAUGACAAGAGUUAUUUUUAAACAGAACCCCUCUUCCCCAAAAAACAGAUAGACCUCAGUGUACAAUUUUGAAAGAAGUUUUGCUUCAUAGUAAGUAAUAAUUUAGAAAGUAGGCAACAGUCAUGUUUAGCUCUUACGUUAUUUCCUUUUAAAUAUUUUACUUCUGGGCAUUGCUUUUUCUUAAACCCUAAAUUCAUGAGAUUGUUAUAUAUUAAAUACUGCAGAGUGUCAAUGUAAAAUAGGAAAAUAAGAAAUCAGAUGUUUGUUUAGACCGUGACUUCUGCUACAAGCAGAUUUAUAUUCUUUUAGUUUAGAAGACAGAAUAUUGCAGUACAGACACUUCUUUUAGAAGUAACUCAAUUAUAGAACUUUAUUGUCUUUAGAAAAAAGUUGCAGGCCUAUUAAUUUAAACUAAAACAGUUUAAAAAGAAAGCCUGAAAAUGUCCCAUACUACAAAUAGUUUAAUUGGUGGCGCAUUUGAAUACACAGUUUGGAAAAGUCAAACUCUUUUCUUCUCCCCGCUUAACUUCUGAUCCCCACCAUUUACUUGUUUUCAUAAGUCAUACUGUAUAGAAUUCCUAUUCCCCUUUUCCCAUUAAAAGAGGACCAAACAAUUGUUUAGAUGAAUGGAAUAACAGUUUUGUAGCACUAGAUGUUAAUGUCAUAAGAUACUUUUAUUCAUUGAUUUUUUUUUUUUAAUUUGAGAUGUACUUUACCUGAUCUUUGACCACAUACUGUCUUCUUAGUUCAUUAUAAUUCUGUCCUGUUUCUGGACUGCUAGAAUCUGUCUGGCCUCUGGCCAUCUUAAAGUGCCAAUAUAUGCCUGCAGGGUUUUAAAAAAAUGUUCGGGGGAGAUGCACUUGAUUAUACCUAAUUUUAAUGCAUCAGCAUCACAUCCAGCUCUCUUAUUUGUCCAUGGAUGAUAGAAACAAAGGAGGGAAAAGCUCAUCAAAAAGUUCUCCUCCAGUGAUGGCUUGUGAUGUUUAGUGCCUGUGACCCUGGUAGUGUCCAGUGUGUCCACUUCCAGUUGAAGUAUCCAUGUGUUUCUGGGCAGCUUUUCUGCUCAGUGAUCCUGAGAUGGCUUCCCCCGCCACCCAGAGUGUGGUCCCUGGCCGCCUCCUUCUCCUGCUCUACGAGCCCAAAGCUGGCUUGUUUGGAGCCAGGGGUUAGUCCUGGGGUGGGUACGUGUGCGUGGGCCCCUGUGCGCAUGCAAGUGCGUUUACUGACUCAGGAAUUGCCUCCUCCCUGCCUGGCCAGUGAGAGGUGGGACAGAAACGGUCCCCCUGCUGGCCCCAGCAAAGCCCCAGUGAGUGACUGUCCUUAUCUUAUCACUGUGCUUCUGGGCCACUUCUUCCCCUGUAGACAUAGGCUUGUUGCUUUUGGCCAGCUUCCCUGAUGGAGGAGAACACUGGAUUAUGGAAACGUUCUAAUCCCCUUUGCCAUCACCUAUGUCUGUUGGCAUGGACGAUCAAAGCUGUUACCGGUGAUUAUAGAUGAGUAUUCCCAGGACAGCUUUCUAAAAUUAUCAAACGAUUAUUUCUUAUUAGGGACAUGACAGAUAGGAGUGUUGGCAAAACAUUGAUGAAAUAAAGGUACAUUUUUAGUUAAAAAAUACUUCUGCAAAGGAUUUUGUUUUUAAAUUAUGGUUAAACCUUUCAGUAACUCAUAGCUACCAUGCAAAUUGGUAGACUAUGUACCUGAUUAGAAGGCACUCGUUUUUAGGCCAGAGGAGAAGAAACGUUAUUUAGCACUAAUUUCAUCAUAUGAGGUUUUGUUGGGGUGGGUGCGAUAACCUUACAGUGAAGAUUGUUCAUUCAGUAACACUCACUGUCAGUGCUUCUGUGAGCUCAGCUGCCCUCCGUGUGGUGAAAGCCGCGUGAGAUCCUGUACACUGGGUAUAGAAGAACUUAAUUUUGUGUUAAUUACUAGGACUUUAAAUUUUUUUCAAAAAGACAGUUCCACCGUUUAAUUGGCUGGUGCCGAGAGCUGUGGGUUAAAUUUGAAAAUUGUAUUUAGAAUAAGAAAUUUUCUAUUGUAAAUCCUAUUCUCCCUUCUGCAUUUUUAACAACAUGGCAUGAAGGCUAGUGUGCUUGCUUUAUUUUCUUUGGUAAUCUCGAAUUUUGUAGCUUUUAAAACUAGAGAACAUUGUUCUGACAAGGCGGGCAACUCUAGUGUAUAAACACAACUUUAUUAAACAGAAUACUCUGUAGAUGCUUUUCCCGAUGUAUCUGGCAGUCCUUGUCAUUGUUCGUAUUGGGGAUAAGGGGAACUAGGCUAGCGGUUCUAAUGUAACAUUCUUUAAGCAUAUCUUAAUAUAGUAUUUAAGUAAAUGGUCUAAUUUCUACAUAAUUAUUGCACUGAAAUGUCUUUUUUGUUUUUUAAGGUGUUUAAAUAAGCUCAGCUAAUUCAAGACACUAGCCCCUUGUGCAUCAGAGUGCUUGAAUUUAGUAGCUUACAGCAUUAUUUAUGAAGGAAAAAUCUAUAAAUAUGAAGUACCUCAUGUUGAAUGUUAUUGUACUGUAUUUUUAAUGUAACAGUGCAGAUCUUGUUAGACACAUGAAUGUGUAUAAUCAUGUUAAAUGCAAAUAAAAAUAAAACUGGUUCAUAGAUUUGUUUUCCUUAGUAUUUUUGUAGGUCCCUUGAAGUAGUAAAAAAAUCAUUCUGGCACUUUUGGUGCCACUGCCUUUUACAGAGAUGGUUUUGCAGGACCAUUUGUUUGCUAAGUAUUCAGAUAUCUUUGAUUCCUAAGAAGUGAAAAUUUGAGGCAAAAGCAUAAGAGAACAAUGAAUAUGUUAAUCAAUUACAUUGUUCGCAAUUUGACUGUUGAGGUAAUGAGAGGGAGUGAAUGGAUGCAUUUAUAUUCCCCUUAUGGCAUUUGUGUUUGGCUGGCGUUCUGCCGCUGUAGUUGCUCAAACGUCUGUGGAUCUCACUGGAUGUAAGGGGGUAUUGAUACAUCUAGCUUUAGAUGUGACCAGUGCCCCUUCUUCCUGCUGUGUUACAAUAGCUUAAGUCUAGGAAUAAAAAAAAUAAAUGACA